UGAAGACUAAUCGAUUAUACAAAACAUAACGGUUGAUAAAACUCUCGCAUAAAAAUUUUUUCUAUUUUCAUAACAGUUCUCAUUUGCUAUGCAGCUAUUUACUUUUAUGUAGCAAGUUUAGAGUGUUAGUAGUGUAAUUAGGAAACAAAGAAACUAUCAAUUUUUGACAUUUACGGGACAUGACAACAUCCUGUGUGAGUAAAUGGAGUUUUGAUCAAUAUGCCACAAACAAAAUGUCUACCUUUGGAAGAGUAUCAACAACUUUGUUUAGAUUUAGAUCGAAUACGCCGAGAAACUGCGAGUCUUCAUCAAAAAUUAUGUCAUGCUAGAAGAAAUUUAGACGAGGAAAAACGUAAACGUCGAAGGAUUGAACAUCAUAAAAACUUGUUGGAAAGCCAAAUCAACAUGGCUAAAAAAAUAUUAUUUCAUGACAUAGAAGUAACCUUGAACGAAGAUGUAAGAAAGAAACUAGAAUUUCUGAACAAACCCGAAGUAGAAUAUAAAAGUAAUAAUUCAACCGUCCAAGACAAAUGGAGUGAUAGACAUCUAACUACAAUAGUGGAAACGGAUUCUACGGGUUCGAUAUUAAGUGACUUAAAUUGUUUAUCCAAGUCAGAAGAUGAUUUGGAUACCGAUACUAUUAUAAAGGUUCAGAGAGAAAAAAAGUGGAAAGAGUAUAAACCUAGUGGUGAAUAUUCUAUGAAUAAACAGUGUGGCACAUUAGAUAAAAUUGUAGAAUUUAAUUCGCCAGAUAGAGUAACAGCGAAAAUUAAGGUAAAAGAUAGUGCACGCUCUGUACCUGUCACAACCCAAAUUGCAUCUAGCAAAGAAAAUAUUGAUUCUAAAUUAUCCAAGAUCGAAUCGUCUUCUGUUAAUCAUAGCUUUAUAUCAAAGAUAGUUAUUAAACCGGAAACAUGUAUUCCAUGUGGUAAGAGGAUCAGGUUUGGAAAGAUAGCACUGAAAUGUAGAAAUUGUCCCGUUACAUGUCACACAGAAUGCAAGAUUCAAGUUACUUUAAUUUCAUGUGAAUGCAGAAAAUCAGCAACAUUAUUCGGUGGAUCUGUAAGUACUGCACGAAAUAAUAACACAACACUUUUGUGUCACAAUUCAUAUUUCAGGUUGUCAUGAAGUAAAUACGA